AAAUCUGCUUUUUCCAUAGGAGAAGAAGAAGGGAGAGUCUUGAAGACAGUGAAUCCGCUGCUGAUCAGCAGAAUCAUGAUCAGAACCGCCUCCGUCGUCCUGCUGCUGCUGGCAGCUCAGAUCGCAGACUCUCAAAACUUUAACAACACUGGGAAGGAAUUCGUUGUCGUUUUUCCAGAAAACAUUGCCUACUAUCAUCCUACUGAUCCAAUAAACGAGAUCUGGGUCACUGCUCUGCAUCAUAACACAAGAAUCACAAUAGAAAAACUUAAUAUAGAUUACGAUCAUAUGUCUGCUGGAGAGACGACGAAUUAUACCACGGAUCUGGAACUUAAGAAGCCUGACAUUCCAGAGAAUUCAACCUCCUUAAAUGUUUUCAGCAUUUCUGACGAAGCCAUCAAGGUCACCAGCACCAAAGACGUCGUCGUUCAAGCCAUCAGCCUUAGAAAGAAUAGUGUGCAAUACGCUCCGGUUAUACCUUCUCACAAACUUGGCACAAAGUACUUCAUCCCACCAGUUCCUGGACUGGAAGAAAGCCCUGAUGAUGGAGCUGUAGUGGUAAAUGUCACAGAGAGAGGUCCGUUCAGACUCAUCAUCGUCAAUCCUGGUGAAGAUCAGGCCAACGUGACCAUUAAGGGGGAAGAGGAGUUUGGUGGUGCAAUAGAACCUGGGAAGGUUGCUCAGAUCUUGCUGAACAAUAACGGGCAGUAUCAGUAUGUCGAAGCAGAUAGGCCUGUGGCCGUCUUCUUAAGCCACCCCUGUGCUUUUCAGGAUAACUGCACCUGUGGGCUUCUGCAUGCCAUGGUUCCUGCAGCCAAAGACGACAAAGAAGAGUUCCUCAUUCCUCCGAUUUUGGCUGAGCAGGCAUCCAUACUACUGUCUGAUGAAAAGUCCAGAACAUCUACUGACUCCACAGCAGCUGUUGAUUCUGAAGGGACAGUCAUCCUUCAUAAGCCCAGCUUCCUACUCACUCUGAUGUCAAAAAAAGAUUUUGGCAGCUGUUUUGUUCUCACAUCACUGAGAUAUUUGAUAAAAAGUUUUCACAUCGUGGUCCAUAAGGAUGACAAAAACGGCAUUUACAUUGGAAGAAAUCCUGCAGGGUAUACAGAUUGGGAGGAGUUGAAGGGAACAGACUAUGUCUCAACACAUGUCAGCGUAACAUUUCCAAAGGCCUUCCUGUGGCACAAUUCCUCGGUAAUGGCCGUGUACCUUGUGGGAGAGAAGAACGGUAGAAUGUAUGGAAACCCUGCGCCUGUUGUGAGCUCAAUCCCAGAUUACAGGGGCUGUGUUGUGACUCCAGAGGUGAUAGAGAUCCUUGAUGAAGAAAAAGGGUGGAAAGAAUCCAUCAAAUCCUGUGAAACUAAACACCUGGAUCUCAUCAGCCUUUCUGACAACAGACUGCAGAAACAAUUGUGCAGUAAAAUAUCCGCUAAAGGUGUGAAGGAAGCGUGGAUCGGGACGCGUCGCAGUUCUUUGACUGGCGAUUGGUACUGGUUGAACUACAAUAAAUUCAAUGAUACAAACUGGGCUCCUGGUAAGCCUGGAAAAAAGGACCAAGGCCAGUGUGCUGUUAUGAGUCUGAAACCCGACGAUGACUGCAGCUGGAAGGACAAGAACUGCUGCGACGCCAUCCGUCCUUUCUGCUACAAACCUCCAGAAUUCCUGCCGAUGUAGUGAAAAAAUGUCUUCCUGGACAGAUGGAGGAGAAGCAGCCUGCUCCGAUCUCUCCUGUCGGCUGGCAGUGAGCAGAACCACUUCUGUAAUGACUAUAGUCCUUAUAAGCUCAGCUUUAGCCUUUAGCUGCGUUCAGUGUGUUCUAGUUUGGUACUUUUGGACAGGACCUGGCAGAGAAAUUCAAAGUGAAGGGUUAGCAACAUGAAGUAGGCGUCUUAUUGUACUAGUUUUGUUCAACAGUUAAUUUGAGCUCGUUUCAGCUCGGAUUUCUGCUCCAUUGUGUGUUUUGUUUUAUUUCCGCUGAUUAGCUCCUGUGUUUUCGAAACAGGAAGCCCCUGUAUCUUUUCCCCCAAAUCAAAGCUUACAGGUGUAGCAGUGCGGCCACCGUCCUACGUAUCAGAAACACCUUUCACUCUCAUGUGACUAAACUUAUUUUUGAAUCUUAGACAGUUUUUAAAAAAAUCUGCAGGUUUCCAUGGGGAUGGAAAUUUCACCUGAUGAGCAGCACCACAUGUUUAGUGCUGGAGAAGUUCUACAGUCAUCUGGCUCCUGUCGGAUCAGUGCGGUCAGGCCUACAGUAGCAGCCAUUCAGAAUUUCCCCACUUUCCUUGGUCGGUCUCCUACAAUUCCCUUUUAAACAUCAACCUUUGUACUAAAAUACUUUCUGUCAAGAUUUUGGGACAUUGAGAUUUAAUGAGAAGCGCCAUAUCCUGGUCAGACCCUGUAAUUCAACAAUAGGGCGGAGUCAGACUAAAAAAAAUGGGAACGGCCAUUUUGAAUGGCUGCUAUUGUACAUGCGAUGAAUUCAGGGUUUAUAGGAGCAGGUGUUUACAGUAGUAGCCAUUCAAAAUUUCCACACUUUCCUUGAUUGGCCCUUGGCUGGUCCUUGGAUGGUUUUUAAAACAUCUAAAAUAUAGUUUCUGUCAUGAUUUGUGGACAUUAAGACCUAAAGAGACCCUGUGAUUCACUGAAAGGGUGGAAAAAAUGUGCAGGAGGGGGGGGUGACUGCAGUGGCUGGAGGUUGGAGGGGAUUUUGCUGCCAUUGGGCUGGCUUUUGACUGGGAAAUGGCCAUUUUUAAUGGCUGCUACUGUAUCUCCUUACAUCACAGUCCUUUAUUUCCGCUUUUACCUGAAUAACUUUAGAGCAAACUCAACAAUGUUCUCGGUUAAACUGCUUGCAUCCAAACUAAACAAGCUUUUCUUUCUUAAUAAAUGCUCCAUCAUUUUUCAAAAAUAGGAAAUUUAUCAUUGUUUAAACAUCUUUUCCAAACUUUCCCAGUAAUUGUAUCUACUUUUUCUUGUCUCUGUUUAUUUUUUUCUUAAAGUUUAAGUAAAUUUCAUCAAUUGAGUCCUAGGAUUGCUUGAGUUUAUGUAAAAAUGGAAAUAUUUAACCUGUAAAAUGUAGACUUUGUUUUUUGUUUUUUUUCUCUGCAGUUGCAUUUAGUUUAUUGAUGUUUAUUGAACAUAAAAUAGAGAAUAAGACAUCCUACUACCAGGUACCAUUAGAUGUGAUGAUUUUGGUCUCAGGUAAUUAUUUUAGCGUCUGUUUCAGAGCAGAAACCUCUGGCUGCUCCAAGGUUUUUAUUUUAUGUUUUUAAGGUGGUGUUGAUCAUUGGUGGUCGGAUUCAUGUUUACUGAUUAAAGCUAGAAAACAAAGAAUGUAAUCUUUAUCUCUGCAUGCUACAUGAAUGAAUCUAAAAUGUAUAAUAAAUCAUUUUAAAUGACUGAA